AUGUCCGCUUGGGAUCAAACUGUCGUAAUCGGACGAAAAGCCCGCCCUGGAGGCAGUGGCGGGGGUGGUGGUCCGCGUGGCCCUACAGCACUCGAGCGUGCCAAGCAGGUUGGUGCCGUCACCGCGAACGACCGCAAGGUUGCCGCAGGCCAUAAUAAGGGUCAUCAGGGCACCGAUCACCAGCGCAUUGCCAAGCUGGAUCGCUCGGAUGAUGUUGCGCCGCCUCCGAGGGUGCCGCCCUCCGUCGGCAAGAUUAUUGGACAGACGCGCCAGGCCAAGUCCAUGACACAAAAGGACUUGGCUGUGCGCAUUAACGAAAAGCCCUCGGUCAUCCAGGAGUAUGAGAGUGGCAAGGCCAUUCCUCAUGCCCAGAUUCUCAGCAAAAUGGAGCGCGUUCUUGGCGUCAAGCUGCGCGGUAAGGACAUUGGCAACCCCUUGGGCGGCCCCAAAAAGUAA